UGCCUGGAGUGUGGAAAGAGCUUCAACCAUGCAAGUGAGCUAACUUACCAUAAUAGGACCCAUACGGGGGAAAAGCCAUAUCAAUGUACAGUAUGCGGAAAGAGCUUCAGUCAAAAUGGUAAUUUCAAUUUACAUAAGAGGAUCCACACGGGAGAGAAACCAUAUAAAUGCACAGAGUGUGGAAAAUGCUUCAGAACCCCUGGUUCCCUUACUUGCCAUAAGAGGAUUCACACAGGGGAGAAACCAUAUGAAUGUAAGGAAUGCGGAAAGAGGUUUAGUAGGAGCAGUUCCCUUUUUUUCCAUAAUAGGAUACACAAAGGGGAGAAGCCGCAUAAAUGCCUGCAGUGUGGAAAAAGCUUCAGUCAAAAAGUUCAUCUUAAUUCACAUGAGAGGACCCACACAGGAGAAAAACCAUAUAAAUGCCCAGAAUGUGGAAAGAGCUUCAGUAAUGCACGUAACCUUAUUUCUCAUAACAGAAUUCACACAGGGGAGAAACCAUAUGAAUGCAUAGAGUGUGGAAAGUGCCUCAGCAACUCUAGUUCCCUUUUAUCCCAUAAAAGAAUCCAUACUGGAGAGAAACCAUAUAAAUGCACUGAGUGUGGAAAGAGCUUCCACAAGAACAGUCACCUUACUUCCCAUCAAAGGAUUCACACUGGUGAGAAACCAUAUAAAUGCAUGGAGUGUGGAAAGAACUUCAGUCAAAGCGGUCACCUUAAUCUCCAUAAAAAGAUCCACACAGGGGAAAAGCCAUAUAAAUGUACUGAGUGUGGGAAAUGCUUCACCGGGUCAGGUUCCCUUACUUGCCAUAAAAGGAUCCACACAGGGGAGAAACCAUAUGAGUGCAAGGAAUGUGGGAGGAGCUUCAGUCAAAAAUAUCAUUAUACUGUACAUAACAGAAUCCACACCGGAGAGAAACCAUAUAAAUGCACUGAGUGUGGAAAGAGCUUUAGUGACACUCGUGAGCUUACUUCCCAUAAAAGGAUCCACACGGGGGAGAAGCCAUAUAAAUGUGUGGUGUGUGGAAAGAGCUGUAGGACUUGCAGUGACCUUACUUGCCAUAAGCGGACCCACACUG